CCUCUAUAAAUUUGCCGUCAACGACCCACAACUUCCCCAAAUUUCUCUCGCUUUCUCUCUAGUUUUCUUGCUGGGAAAAUUCUCUUUCCAACUGCUGUUUCUUUUUGUCUUGGUAGUACCAGAAUCCGUAUCUCCAGAAAAUGAAGAAACCAGGAUUCUUUGCCGCCUCAGUGGCCGCAGCUUCUGCUACGGCCAUCUCUGCUUCAUCUUCUUCUUCUUCUUCUUCUUCUUCCUCCAACUGUACUCAACAGGAGGCUGAAAUGAAACAAAACCAAGAAAAUCAAAGGUCAUCAUCUUCGACUGAGAAAUUUGCUCCGAGGUUUGAUGGUCUAAGAUUCAUUGAAACCCUGGUCACUGCCCACAGAUAAGCUUGUUCCUCAAGUUUCUUCCUUUCGAGAGGAAGGAUUAGAUUGGAAAAUUUCUAGUGAUUGCAGCUUUCUCCAGGCCUCCGGAUCACUGUACUUCUAUCUCCACUUGUCUUUUACUCUUCAGAAAAGGCAAUUAAUUAUGGGGGUAAUUUUUAACCUUUUUUCCCUGGUUUUAAAUUGAGGAAAAGAUUAACUGUAAUAUUUCAGUUGUGGUGCCACUUAUUUUUGGUUCAAAUCUGCAACUUCCCUUGUUUAGAAAUAAAUCUCUGUCUCUCUCUGAAUCA